AUGAAGUUCUCUACUAUCUUCUCAACCCUCCUUGCUGCUGCUUCUGUUGCGGUCAAUGCGACCCCAAUCGCAAAGAAUGAGGUCGAUUCUAGCCUCAUCUCCGCUCGUGAGACAAUCCCACUGUCUACUCCUUUCUCGACCGAAAUUGUCAAAAGAGAAACCGAAGACAGCGACACCUUCGCUGCUUUAGCUCAGGCUUACGGUGGAGAGCUGGAGGACGACAAGUACUAUGUGCUUACGGCCAAAUGGCCCCUGAGAGACGAAAUUGACAACGAGACCCCUGCUGAGCUUCAGGAGUUACAGAAAAAACUCGGCUUCUACCAUAUCGGAUUUAUUGUUGGCAAAGUUAGCAUCAAGGAGUCCGGCCAUAAGAAACACAGAAAGACGAAGCGUGACUUUGACGGCCAGGUCUAUGACACCAUUAAGAAGGAGAACAAGGACAUCAAAUUCCGCAAGACCAACUGGGACACCAGCAAGAGAAGAGACAUCGAAUUUGUGAAGAUGACUACCAAGAAGAAGGCCGAUGCUAUCAACAACAAGGCCAAGGACUACGAGAAAGAUCACCCAGUCUACAGCGUGGAAGACAACAACUGCAACACCUUCGUCCAGGCGCUCCUGAGCGAGUUGUAA